UGUAUAGCUGUAUACUAUCUCUAAUACCCUGUCCUCAACAUUUCCAGCUUCCCAUCUCCACUAUGCCUCUCUACCGCCUCCUCCUCCGCUCCAUCCGCCGCACAACUUCCUCUCUCUCCACUCACCCCCACCUCCAGCCUCACCCCUCAUUCUCUCUCCUUCACCCUCGCCUCCUCGCCUUCUCCUCCGCCGAAGAAGCCGCCGCCGAACGCCGUCGCCGCAAACGUCGUCUCCGCAUCGAACCCCCUCUCCACGCCCUCCGUCGUGACCCCUCCUCCCCUCGCCCUCCCCCUGACCCCAACGCCCGUCCUCUCCCCGACACCACCUCCUCUCUCACUGGCCCCCGUCUCAACCUCCACAACCGCGUUCAAUCCCUCAUUCGCGCCGGUGACCUCCCUAACGCCGCCCUCUUAGCCCGCCAAUCCGUCUUCUCCCGCACUCGCCCCACUGUCUUCACUUGCAAUGCCAUCAUCGCCGCGAUGUACCGUGCUCAGAGGUACGACGACGCCGUUUCUUUAUUCCAAUUUUUCUUCAACCAGUCCAACAUUGUCCCCAACAUUGUUUCUUAUAAUUUUUUGAUUGUAAGUCAUUGUGAGUGUAAGAAUGUUGAUUUGGGUCUUGAGGUUUAUAGGCAUAUUUUAGCUGAGGCACCCUUUAGUCCGUCUUCUGUUACUUUUAGGCACUUGACUAAAGGAUUGAUUGAUGUUGGGAGGAUUGAGGAGGCGGUUGAUCUUCUUAGGGAGAUGCUUAAUAAAGGGCUUGGUGCUGAUUCCCUUGUUUAUAAUAAUUUGAUUAAAGGGUUUUUGGAUUUGGAUGAUUUUGACAAGGCCAAUGAGUUUUUCGACGAGCUUAAGGAGAGGUGCCUUGUGUAUGAUGGAGUUGUCAAUGCCACCUUUAUGGAGUGGUUCUUUCAGAGGGGAAAAGGGAAGGAGGCUAUGGAGUCGUAUAGGUCGUUGCUUGAUCGUCAGUUUAAGAUGACACCUGCUACGGGUAAUGAGCUUCUUGAGGUGUUUCUUAGGCAUGAGAAGAAGAAGGAGGCGUGGGAGUUGUUCGAUUCCAUGUUGGAUAAUCAUACCCCACCUAAUUUUCAGGCUGUGAAUUCGGAUACUUUUAAUAUAAUGGUGAAUGAGUGUUUUAGAGAGGGGAAAUAUGAAGAGGCGGUUACCACUUUUAGGAAGGUGGGGAUCAAGAUGAAGCCGUUUGCUAUGGAUGUAGCUGGGUAUAACAAUAUCAUUGUUAGGUUUGCAGAGCAUGGGAUGAUUCACAAGGCGGAGGAGUUCUUUAACGAGCUUAAGUCGAAAUCAUUGAGCCCGGAUGUCACUGGUUAUAGGACAUUGAUUGAUGCUUAUCUUAAGGACCAGAGGAUUGAUGAUGCGAUGCGAAUGUUUGAUCUUAUGGUUGGUGCGAAUUUGAGAGUGAUUACGGCAUAUGCCAAUGGAUGGUUUACUGAAUUGAUUAAGAAUAACAAAGUGCUGGAGUGCUCACAAGUGUUGACAAAAAUGGCAGAAAGGGAUCCAAAACCUGACCCAUCUACCUAUGAAAUUGUCAUUAAGGGCCUGUGUGGUGAGAUUGCAUUCGAUGUGAGUGUGGAUUUGGUUGGCCAAGUCAUGAAAUAUGGGGUUGGUGUCACUCCAUCACUCCGAGAACAUCUGUUAGAAGCCUUUGAAAAGGAGGGGCGCAGAGAGGAGAUUGAGAGGAUUUUGGACGAGAGAUAUUGGCAGCAGUUCCGUUCCCAGCCUUCAGGACCUGCAAGAUCGGGACAACCUCCCCGACCAGCUGGGUCAUCUGGGUUUAGGCCUUCUGGGCCUUCUGUGGGAUAUCCAGGGCCUACUGAACCAUUGGGGUCUGCAAGGCCAGCUGAUCCUGUGAGAUUUCAGGGAGCAGCUGGUCCUGUUGGAUUUGCAGCAGCUGAUCAAGCCAGAUUUACUGGCGCAGUUAGGUCAUGGGGCCAUCCAACGCCUGCUGGAAAUGCUGGAUUUCAAGGGCCAACUGGACCUUCAGCUUUUUCUGCACAGUCAGGACCUUCAGCUUUUCCUGCACAGACAGGACCUUCAGCUUUUCCUGCACAGACAGGACCUUCAUCUUUUCCUGCACAGACAGGACCUUCAGCUUUUCCUGCACAGACAGGAUCUUCAGCUUUUCCUGCACAUACAGGACCUUCAGCUUUUCCUGCACAGACAGGACCUUCAGGACAUCAGGAACCAACCAGACCUGCAGAACAAGGAGGAUAUUGGGCUACAGCUGAACCUCCAAGAUUUCAAGGGACAGCUGGUCCUGUAGCAUAUCCAGGGCAAAAUGGAGAUGCAGAAUUUCAAGGGUCUAGAAGACCUUCAUCGUAUUCAGGAAAUGCAGAAAGUACUGGACAUCCAGGAUCAACCGCACCUGUGCAGCAAAGAGGGUAUCCUGAACCAAAUUAUCCGUUUGUUGGUAGAAGAUGACGGGAGAAGGGUGAUAGUUUUGGGUUAGCUCAAAGCAUGUAGAACUCAACUUGAGGAUGAAUUAAUUACAUUCCGUACUCUUGUUUCUCUGGUCUGCAAUUUUCAGCAAUGGUGAAGUAUGGCGGGUUAGGUUGAGAUUGCAGAGUUGAGUGUUUUGUGGAAAGGACUACAGCUCAGUGGACACUAUCCUCAGUUGCUGCUAGACUGCUAGUAUAUGUAUGGGGUGCGUUUUUGUUUCCCCAAUAUCAUCCUCUUUUGCAGCUUAUGUCUCCUGUUUCUACAGCUUGUGUAGUGAUAUGACAUUUAAAAGUGUUUGUUUGAGCUGAAUAUUUUUUCCAAGAAUAGUGUUGUCAUUUUCCUUGAUUUGUUUCGUGAAGGGUGCAUGGUGGAAAAUAAUUCUCCCAAGGAUGGAAUUCUAUUCUGAAAGGAAUGCUACUUUUUUUUUUUUUCCUUUAUUCCUUCAU